AUGGCCGAACCCUCUCAACUUGCGCUUCUAUGCGCCCUCACAUCCUUCUUCUACCUUUAUGACAACAUCGGCCGGCAUCCCCUGCUUGAGCGACCUCGAAUCUCCGAGUGUCUGUUGCCUGUCCUGCUUGCAAUCUACGAUUCGUUCAACACCAGGAAACGAAGGCCAGAGAAGGAUCACGGCGACGAUGACUACGACGACAUGGGGAACGAUGCCUUUGAGGACAUAGCAUUCUGGUUCAUGAACUCAAAAAUCGUCCAACUCACAGGAGCUUCACUCCUCAGCUACGGCGCCUUCUCGAUACUUCAACCGAGCAUGCAGUUGAGUGCCUUCUGCCCAGAGUCGGAGAACAAAACGACCAUUCUCGCCCUACAGUACCUGGGGGUCUUCCUUGACGCCGCAAUUCUCAUCCUCGGCUGGCGGAUACUCACUUCGAGCCGUACAACGACGAAAAGACUCAGAAGUCUCAGUGCAAUACUGGUAUCGUCUUCAGUCCUCAUUUCCCUGGUCGUUCUUGUGCCCAGUCUCAUAAGUUAUCGGCUCAGAGGAUACUUCCACUUCGCCGAGAUGUACGGUGUGGAUUCUCUCUACUUCUUUGACGUCUUCAAUGAUGCUAUGGUCUUCUCAUUUCUGUUCAUUUCUUUUUCUCUGUUCACAUGCCAGGCUUCCCCAUUGGCAUCGACUGGUAUUGUUGCUUUCCUCUGUGGAGCGCAGGCGACUUAUGGGAGGUUGAGCUUGCUCGGUACUUACGAGCAGCUCUCUCGAUCGGGUAUUGUCCUGCCGCUCUACGCCUUAUGCUUCGGCUUUGCCAUCUUCAUAUUUCGAAACCAAGUCCGCCUCGUCCUUCACAGCGGGAUCCUAGCCUUUCUCCUACUCGCCGCAAUCAUCGGCAUUUCCUUCUAUUGCCUCCUAGCGAACAACAUUCUGGCUCGACACCCCUUGGAUACGCUCAUCUACCAAUCGAGGACCAGCGCAGAUCGCUGGGUGGUACAAGCUUCAACGAGCCAGAGUGUGAGGGUUGCGGUUGACGAAUACCGUGAGCGUCACUCGGGUCGCAGUCCGCCUCUCGGCUUCGACGUCUGGUUUGAAUACGCCAAAGCGAGAGGUUCCGUGGUCCUUGAUCACUUCCAGCAGAUUGAGGAUGACAUUCUGCCGUUCUGGGGCCUCAGUCCCAGCAAGAUUCGGGGGGAUAUCACCCAGCUUGGGACAAACAGAGACAUUGGCCUUGUCAGCCUACGGAAGGGUGUCGCCACCCACCAGCCAGCGGUCGACUCGUCCAACGAUGCCGUGAUGGAUGACUUGGUUGGCCUCAUCCAACCGUUUGCGCAGCACUUACAAGACAUGGAUCUGCCCAUUAACUUGCUGGACCGUCCAAGGGUGCUCGCGACCUGGUCGGACAGGAACAGGUUUCGAAAAGGCGGGACAGUUAAAAACUUGCUCGCCCCUGGAUUGGCCAAGAGGGACGGCGACCAGGCAUCUCCUGCCGACGACGGGGCGAAGCAAGAAAGCGGCAAGGAUGCACAGGAUCUUCAGAACAGAUUGAAAGACAGGCAAUUCUCGACAGCCUGGGAACACCAGCGGAACUUGGGCCAAGCUUGUCCUCCUGACUGGAGUUUGGCGCAAGAUCUCUGCCACCAGCCAGACAUGUUCAACUUGCAUGGCUUUUACAUGAGCGAACUGCCGCUGAAGCCCUUCAGCGAGCUCGUGCCCAUGUUCAGCCGAUCGAAGACGGACCGAUUCAGCGACAUACUCAUUCCUUUGAGCAGAGGCGACGACACAUACAGCACUGAUAGCAAGGAGAAGUCACUUGUGAACAAGGAAGCACGGCUCUUCUGGCGUGGCGAUGUCGGUACCGACUUCGGUAUGGUGCCGCCUCGGCUGCUUAGCGGUGGCCAUCAGGAGCGCCUGAGCCACUUGGCCAACAACGCCACUGCAACGGAGUAUGUCACGAUGUGUCUUGCCAUCCCGGGAGACAAGGAGAAGUUCCGGUACGAGAGGGUACCGCUGACCGAGCUAAUCUCUGCGCUAAAGCUUGACGCCGGCAUCAGUGACUACUCCACAUGCCUGAGCCCCGAGUGUGCCGCAGCGAAGAGGGAAUUCGGCUUCAAGGCGAAGGACGAGGACGACAAGGAGAGGAUGAACAGCCGGUACAUCCUGGUCAUGGAUAGCGACGAAGGCCCACCGCGGGACUUCUUGAAGAUCCUGAGGUCCGAGAGCGUCCCCUUUGUGGCCUCGGUAUUCAAGGAAUGGUACAGCGAACGCCUCAUGCCGUGGCUACACUUUGUCCCCGUGGACCUCCGCUUCCACGCGCUGCACAGCACCCUCGCUUACUUCACGGGACUGCAGGGCAAGGGGCUGAUCAACGGGCGAGACGUCCCGAUGCAGUCGCGCGUCGAUAACGCCAAGUGGAUCGCGCAGGAGGGCAAGAAGUGGGCGGCCAAGGUUGCCCGCAAGGAGGACGCGGAGGUCUACCUGUUCCGGCUGCUUCUUGAGUGGGGCAGGGUGGUUAAUGACAAGCGGGACGAGAUGGCAUUCGAGUUGGGUGGGAAGGCUGCGAAGGCCAUGGGGAAGUAA